AUGGGAAAUGAUCUCUCUUCGACGACAGCACGAACAUUGAUACCGUUAGAUGAUGCUGCUUGUUGGCAGCUGUACAAUGGUACUAAUGAACGGUCAGAAGCAAUAUCAAUCUUCGUGGCAAAACAAACAUUUUCAGUUGAAUGUCGACGAUCAAUUCAGUUUCUUAAAACAAUACGCCAUCCGAAUAUUAUCAAGUUUUUCAAUGGUUUUAAAACAUUUGUUGACCAAGAUAGCUUUAUUGCGGAUUGCGUACAUCCGUUAGCAAAUAAAUUAACUAAUCAGGAUAUUGAUUCAACAGCUAAACUAUGCUUGGGUCUUUAUCAUUUAUCUCAAGCAUUAGAAUUCCUUCAUGAAAAAGCUCGUAUCAGUCAUAAUAAUGUGUGCCUCUCAUCACUUUAUAUUUCUUUGAAUGGCAUUUGGAAAUUAGGAAAUUUUGAAUGUGCCUGUCGAUAUGAUAAUUUGAACAAGAAAUAUUUGUCAUCAUUGAAACUUAUCCGAUGGGAAGAGUGUAUAACACCUGAAGAAGAUGAAAAGAGUUCAACGGAAAUAACUAAGAAAGAUAUAUAUGCCAUAGAUAUAUAUGGAUUCGGAACAUUGAUUCGACAUCUGAUGACAAUUGUUAAUGUCGAUGAUGCAUUGAAAAAUCUUCUUGAUAAUCUGCAAAUAUCUCUUACGGAUGAAGAUUCGCAAUCACGUCCAAAAUGGUCAGCGCUUCUUCAGACGCAACUAUUCCAGAUUGAUUAUAUCAAAACAACGGAAGUUCUUGAUCGAUUACCAACUGUCGAAACGUCAGAUCUUGAUGCUGUCGUCGAGUCUCUAUCAACUUAUCUUGAUAAUCUUAAUUCUGCUUAUUUCAAUGAAUUAUUAAUUCGUCGCUUAUUUGUUCCAUUUAUGUUUUUAUGUUCUUCAACCAGAUCGAAAAUCAUUCCGAGGAUUCUGAUUCCUAAAGAAGAUAAUGCGAACUCGGAGUCAUGGAUACCUGUAGACAAAUAUCGAACUUAUGUUAUUCCACUAAUCGUCGAUCUAUUUUCUUAUCAUGUUACAUGUAUACGAGAAACAUUACUUGAAUAUUAUAAUUCCUAUUGGCAAUUGAUCGAUAGAACUACUUUGAUAAACAUUAUACUUCCACAACUUGUGUAUGGAUUGAAAGAUUCUAGUAAUUCUAUAUGUACAUUAACAUUAUUGGCACUAGCAGCAAUGGUACCCGUCUUAGGUGGUGACAUAGUUGUUGGUGGACAACGAAAACAGAUAUUUACAGAUAAAAUCAAAAAGGAGAACGUUUCUUCGCCUAAACUGGCGAAAGCAGCAGCAGCUGCGACCGCUGCCGCAGCAUCUGUUAAAAAUUCGCCAGUAGCUACUCCAACAUCUUUACAUAAAAUUAGAAAAUCUAGUCCGAGUUCAACCACGAAAAUCAAUGCUUCACAAGUGGAAUCUCUUUCUACUCAUACUCCACAACAAACAAAACCAUCAUCCGCUCCUGUCAAAACACUAUCAGCUAUUACACCGUCAGAACACACCAAUGGAUAUCAUGUACCAACAAAUAUCUCCAAUGUAGAACCGCCUGUCGCCAUAGUUCAAAACGGAGUUUUUAACUCUAAUCAUGAAUCGGAAAUCGAGCGUAACGAUGACGAUGACGAUGGUCAAUGGUCUGAUUGGGAGCAUAAUCCUGAUCCACCGGAAUUGCCUGAUGUAUUUCUGCCCGAAGAACCAAAACAAUCUGUCACAACUAUUUUGCCAUCAUCAUCGAAAUCUCUGAAAUUAAAUAAUAUUUCAAAACCAAAAUGGAAUCCCAAUGCACCGUUAGGUAGUGAAUAUGAAAUUCCACCAGUUGUUCGAUCGACAAAUAAAUCAAGGAACGACGAAGCAUUAGACAAUCAAGAAUCUGAAGAUUUUUUCAAAGAUAUGAUACCAAAAUUUCAAACAGUACAGUUAAUGACGCAAUUAGAAACAAUGUUCAACCUUAAUCCUGAAAAAUAUAAAGAAGAGAAGAAAUCUACAGAUGCAACAUUGUCAUUUUCCAAUAAAUUUGGGAUAAUGCAACAUGAUCACGAAGACAAUCAAGAAAUCGAAAGUGGAAAUAAUAAUUGGGAUGAAUAA